UUGAGCUGCUCGCCAAGAACUAGAUUACAAUGCUUCUCUCCCAUAUCGAACGUAUUUACUUCGAGCUUCGACUACAUCAGCAGCUACCUUCAGUUGAGCUGCUCGCCAAGAACUAGAUUACAAUGCUUCUCUCCCAUAUCGAACGUAUUUACUUCGAGCUUCGGCUACAUCAGCAGCUACCUUCAGUUGAGCUGCUCGCCAAGAACUAGAUUACAAUGCUUCUCUCCCAUAUCGAACGUAUUUACUUCGAGCUUCGGCUACAUCAGCAGCUACCUUCAGUUGAGCUGCUCGCCAAGAACUAGAUUACAAUGCUUCUCUCCCAUAUCGAACGUAUUUACUUCGAGCUUCGGCUACAUCAGCAGCUACCUACAGUUGAGCUGCUCGCCAAGAACUGGAUUACAAUGCUUCUCUCCCAUAUCGAACGUAUUUACUUCGAGCUUCGGCUACAUCAGCAGCUACCUUCAGUUGAGCUGCUCGCCAAGAACUAGAUUACAAUGCUUCUCUCCCAUAUCGAACGUAUUUACUUCGAGCUUCGUCUACAUCAGCAGCUACCUUCAGUUGAGCUGCUCGCCAAGAACUAGAUUACAAUGCUUCUCUCCCAUAUCGAACGUAUUUACUUCGAGCUUCGGCUACAUCAGCAGCUACCUACAGUUGAGCUGCUCGCCAAGAACUAGAUUACAAUGCUUCUCUCCCAUAUCGAACGUAUUUACUUCGAGCUUCGGCUACAUCAGCAGCUACCUACAGUUGAGCUGCUCGCCAAGAACUAGAUUACAAUGCUUCUCUCCCAUAUCGAACGUAUUUACUUCGAGCUUCGGCUACAUCAGCAGCUACCUUCAGUUGAGCUGCUCGCCAAGAACUAGAUUACAAUGCUUCUCUCCCAUAUCGAACGUAUUUACUUCGAGCUUCGGCUACAUCAGCAGCUACCUUCAGUUGAGCUGCUCGCCAAGAACUAGAUUACAAUGCUUCUCUCCCAUAUCGAACGUAUUUACUUCGAGCUUCGGCUACAUCAGCAGCUACCUUCAGUUGAGCUGCUCGCCAAGAACUGGAUUACAAUGCUUCUCUCCCAUAUCGAACGUAUUUACUUCGAGCUUCGGCUACAUCAGCAGCUACCUUCAGUUGAGCUGCUCGCCAAGAACUAGAUUACAAUGCUUCUCUCCCAUAUCGAACGUAUUUACUUCGAGCUUCGGCUACAUCAGCAGCUACCUUCAGUUGAGCUGCUCGCCAAGAACUAGAUUACAAUGCUUCUCUCCCAUAUCGAACGUAUUUACUUCGAGCUUCGGCUACAUCAGCAGCUAUCUUCAGUUGAGCUGCUCGCCAAGAACUAGAUUACAAUGCUUCUCUCCCAUAUCGAACGUAUUUACUUCGAGCUUCGGCUACAUCAGCAGCUACCUUCAGUUGAGCUGCUCGCCAAGAACUAGAUUACAAUGCUUCUCUCCCAUAUCGAACGUAUUUACUUCGAGCUUCGGCUACAUCAGCAGCUACCUACAGUUGAGCUGCUCGCCAAGAACUAGAUUACAAUGCUUCUCUCCCAUAUCGAACGUAUUUACUUCGAGCUUCGGCUACAUCAGCAGCUACCUACAGUUGAGCUGCUCGCCAAGAACUAGAUUACAAUGCUUCUCUCCCAUAUCGAACGUAUUUACUUCGAGCUUCGGCUACAUCAGCAGCUACCUACAGUUGAGCUGCUCGCCAAGAACUAGAUUACAAUGCUUCUCUCCCAUAUCGAACGUAUUUACUUCGAGCUUCGGCUACAUCAGCAGCUACCUACAGUUGAGCUGCUCGCCAAGAACUAGAUUACAAUGCUUCUCUCCCAUAUCGAACGUAUUUACUUCGAGCUUCGGCUACAUCAGCAGCUACCUACAGUUGAGCUGCUCGCCAAGAACUAGAUUACAAUGCUUCUCUCCCAUAUCGAACGUAUUUACUUCGAGCUUCGACUACAUCAGCAGCUACCUUCAGUUGAGCUGCUCGCCAAGAACUAGAUUACAAUGCUUCUCUCCCAUAUCGAACGUAUUUACUUCGAGCUUCGGCUACAUCAGCAGCUACCUUCAGUUGAGCUGCUCGCCAAGAACUAGAUUACAAUGCUUCUCUCCCAUAUCGAACGUAUUUACUUCGAGCUUCGACUACAUCAGCAGCUACCUUCAGUUGAGCUGCUCGCCAAGAACUAGAUUACAAUGCUUCUCUCCCAUAUCGAACGUAUUUACUUCGAGCUUCGGCUACAUCAGCAGCUACCUUCAGUUGAGCUGCUCGCCAAGAACUAGAUUACAAUGCUUCUCUCCCAUAUCGAACGUAUUUACUUCGAGCUUCGGCUACAUCAGCAGCUACCUACAGUUGAGCUGCUCGCCAAGAACUAGAUUACAAUGCUUCUCUCCCAUAUCGAACGUAUUUACUUCGAGCUUCGGCUACAUCAGCAGCUACCUACAGUUGAGCUGCUCGCCAAGAACUAGAUUACAAUGCUUCUCUCCCAUAUCGAACGUAUUUACUUCGAGCUUCGGCUACAUCAGCAGCUACCUUCAGUUGAGCUGCUCGCCAAGAACUAGAUUACAAUGCUUCUCUCCCAUAUCGAACGUAUUUACUUCGAGCUUCGGCUACAUCAGCAGCUACCUACAGUUGAGCUGCUCGCCAAGAACUAGAUUACAAUGCUUCUCUCCCAUAUCGAACGUAUUUACUUCGAGCUUCGGCUACAUCAGCAGCUACCUACAGUUGAGCUGCUCGCCAAGAACUAGAUUACAAUGCUUCUCUCCCAUAUCGAACGUAUUUACUUCGAGCUUCGGCUACAUCAGCAGCUACCUACAGUUGAGCUGCUCGCCAAGAACUAGAUUACAAUGCUUCUCUCCCAUAUCGAACGUAUUUACUUCGAGCUUCGGCUACAUCAGCAGCUACCUACAGUUGAGCUGCUCGCCAAGAACUAGAUUACAAUGCUUCUCUCCCAUAUCGAACGUAUUUUUUUCUCCAAAUUUCUAUGAUACCAUUCUUGAAAUAAACCUAAACUAUUUAAUAAAAGAAGAGACAACAAAUUCGCCAAUUCAGCCAAUUUUCAGUCAAGAUAUCGCGUAA